AUGUCUGACGCUGGAGAUGAAAUUCAGGUCGACGAGACCACCGUCGAGGUCGAGGCUCCCGCUGAGGCUCCCAAGGGAAAGCUUUCGGUGGAAGAGGCACUUCAGCAAGUUCUGAAGAAUGCCCUUGUCCACGAUGGUCUUGCCCGUGGUCUUCGUGAGUGUGCCAAGGCUCUUGACAAGCGCCAGGCGCACCUUUGCGUCCUCGUCGAGACCUGCACGGAAGCCGAGUACAUCAAGCUUAUUGAAGCUCUCUGCGCCGAGCACAAGAUCAACCUCAUCAAAGUCGGGGAUGCGAAGGUUCUCGGUACUUGGGCGGGCCUCUGCAAAAUUGAUCGCGAGGGCAACCCGCGCAAGGUCGUGGGCUGCUCUUGUGUCGUUGUCAAGGAUUAUGGUACAGAGAGCGAGGGUCUUCACGUCCUUUUGGACUACUUCAAGAACCGCUAA